CCAAGUUGAGCUGCAUGAAUCGGGUGCUCCCAGCACGGACCGGCCCUGUUCCGGGCGCAGGAUUCAGAGCGCGCCGCGCGGGGCUGGGAAAGGUCCAGAGGGAAGCGGUGGGUUCCCCAGCUCUUCGCAGCCAAUGAGCGGGCGGCGGAGGCGGAGUUGGCGGCGGCGGAUCUCAGCAGGCGGCAGCUCUCGGUGCAUUGGAGGGAACCAUCCGGCCCUGGGAGCCGGCGUCCGUCCCCUCGCCUCUGUUCCAGCAAGGGCGGCGGGGAAGGCGCCGCGGCAGAGCAUGGGGCAUGCCCGGGCUUCAUGAACGUCCCUCCUAGGCGGUCUUCCUCUUGGGCAUGACCCAGCGCCAGAGCAUCCCUGCUCCGCGGCGGUCCCUGCGGCUGUGCGACAUGACCCAGCUGCUGCGUGCCGCAACCGGGCGAGGGAAGUGGAGCAGAUCCAGCGCGGCCAAGCGGGCUGCGUGCCUGGUGGCUGCGGCAUAUGGGCUGAAAAUCCUCUACCCCGUCCUCCGCAAGCGCCUGCAGCAGACAGCCUGCGAAAAGGGCUUGCAGGCUGCCUGCCGGGCGGGAGGGGGAGAGGAGCCGCUGCAUUGCAGCCGGAUCCGGGGCAGAGCCUCGCCGGCAGUGAAUGCGGAAUUUUUCAGGCAGCUGCUGGAACUUCGUAAGAUCCUCUUCCCGAAGCUUGUGAGCACCGAAUCGGGCUGGCUUUGCCUCCACUCGGUGGCUCUGGUCUCCCGGACCUUCCUCUCCAUCUACGUGGCCGGGCUGGAUGGGAAGAUCGUCAAGAGCAUCGUGGAGAAGAAGCCCAGGAGCUUUGCCAUCAAAUUAAUCAAGUGGCUCAUGAUUGCAAUUCCUGCCACUUUCGUGAACAGCGCCAUACGGUACCUGGAGUGCAAGCUGGCCCUAGCCUUCCGUACCCGCCUGGUGGAUCAUGCCUAUGAGACCUACUUUGCCAAUCAAACUUACUAUAAGGUGAUCAAUAUGGAUGGGAGGCUGGCGAACCCUGACCAGUCCCUGACCGAGGACAUCAUGAUGUUCUCCCAGUCGGUGGCACACCUGUACUCCAACCUGACCAAACCCAUCCUGGAUGUGGUGCUGACAUCCUAUAGUCUUAUCCAGACCGCCAGGUCCAGGGGAGCAAGCCCCAUCGGGCCUACGCUGCUGGCAGGGCUUGUGGUGUAUGCCACGGCGAGAGUACUGAAAGCGUGCUCACCCAAAUUUGGCAAGCUGGUCGCAGAGGAAGCUCAUAGAAAGGGUUAUCUACGGUACGUCCAUUCGCGGAUUAUAGCCAAUGUGGAAGAGAUCGCUUUCUACAGAGGACACAAGGUGGAGAUGAAACAACUACAGAAAAGUUACAAGGCUUUGGCAGACCAAAUGAACCUCAUAUUGUCUAAACGUUUGUGGUACAUCAUGAUAGAGCAGUUCCUGAUGAAGUACGUCUGGAGUAGCUGUGGUUUGAUUAUGGUGGCGGUACCUAUCAUCACAGCAACAGGAUUUGCAGAUGGCGAAUUAGAAGAUGGCCAUAAACAAGCAAUGGUUAGUGAGCGAACAGAAGCCUUUACUACUUCACGAAAUCUGUUGGUCUCUGGAGCAGAUGCCAUUGAAAGGAUUAUGUCUUCUUACAAAGAGGUCACCGAGUUAGCAGGCUAUACAGCUCGAGUGUACAAUAUGUUUUCAGUCUUUGAUGAAGUGAAAAGGGGCAUUUACAAAAGAACUGCUGUUGUUCAAGAGAUUGAAACCAACAGCAAGAAUGAAGAUAAAGCAGAACUACGUAUUGAUGGCCCCUUAGAAAUCAAGGGAAAAGUUAUUGAUGUUGAUCAUGGAAUUGUUUGUGAAAAUGUUCCUAUUAUUACCCCAAAUGGAGAUGUGGUGGUUUCCAGACUAAACUUCAAAGUACAGGAAGGAAUGCAUCUUUUAAUCACUGGUCCCAAUGGUUGUGGAAAGAGUUCUCUUUUCAGAAUUUUAAGUGGUCUGUGGCCAGUCUAUGAUGGUGUUCUCUACAAACCACCUCCCCAGCACAUGUUCUAUAUCCCACAAAGGCCCUACAUGUCCAUUGGAACACUACGUGAUCAAGUCAUUUAUCCGGACUCAGUGGAAGACAUGCAUGAAAAAGGAUACCAAGACCAGGAUCUGGAAUGUAUCCUGCACAUUGUUCAUCUGUAUCACAUAGUUCAAAGAGAAGGAGGCUGGGAUGCUGUGAUGGACUGGAGAGAUGUCUUAUCAGGAGGAGAAAAGCAGAGGAUGGGCAUGGCUCGCAUGUUUUAUCAUAAACCAAAAUAUGCAUUAUUGGAUGAAUGUACGAGUGCUGUAAGCAUUGAUGUUGAAGGAAAGAUAUUCCAAGCUGCAAAAGGUUCUGGGAUAUCCUUGCUUUCUAUCACACACAGACCUUCUCUUUGGAAGUACCAUACUCACUUGUUGCAGUUUGAUGGAGAAGGAGGCUGGCGUUUAGAACAAUUGGACACUGCUAUCCGCUUAUCACUCAAUGAGGAAAAACAAAGACUAGAAUCCCAGCUUGCAGGAAUUCCUGAAAUGCAGCAGAGACUGAAUGAACUUUGCAAAAUCUUGGGAGAAGAUUCAGUGCUUAAAACAAUGGAUAAAGAGGAAUAAAUAUCUUAAUUUAUGUUU